UGAGAGAGAAAAAUUAAAAGGAAAAACAAAGUGGGUGUGUGUAAGUGUGAGUGGGUGUGUGUAUAUAGAAGAAAGAAGGGUGUGAAAGAAGAAAUUAAAUGGAAGAGAGAAUGGAAGAGAAUUAUAAUGCAGGAUUGUGUAGUUCAUCAGUUGAGUCUCAGAAGGCAAAUAAUCCGGCGCCGUUUUUAAGCAAAACUUAUGAUUUGGUGGAGGAUCCUACCACCGAUCACAUUGUUUCUUGGGGCCAAUCUCUUACAACUUUUAUUGUUUGGAGACCCUCUGAAUUUGCUACUCAUAUUCUUCCCAACUACUUCAAGCACAACAAUUUCUCAAGCUUUGUUAGACAACUCAACACUUAUGGAUUCAAGAAAAUAGUAGCAGAGAGAUGGGAAUUUGGGAAUGAGAACUUCAAGAAAGGAGAGAAGCAAUUAUUAUUAGAGAUUCAAAGAAGAAAAUCCCAUAAUCACAACAACAAUAGUCAACAAAUUCCAUUCCAAUUAUUCCAUCUACAUCAACAACAACAACUAAGCCUUUGUUAUACCACCACUUCCUCCUCCGAUCCCGACAUCCUGGCGGCCCUAACACAAGACAACCGCCGUCUACGGCGGAGAAACUUCAUGCUAUUGUCAGAGCUGGCCCAGAUGAAGAAUCUCUACUCCGACAUCAUCUACUUCAUACAAAACAACGUCAAACCACUCGAUAACAAAUAUUGCAACAGGUCGGUUCCCAAAUUGGUCGAGCUGGACCCUCCAUCAUCACCGACGCCAAUGUCGCCCGAGAUCCGAUUAGAAGAGGGAAAUGGAAUGGUGAAGCUUUUUGGGGUUCCUAUUAGAGGGAAGAAGAGAGUGCUUCCUGAAGAGAGUGAGGUUUAGAUCAUGAUGAGCUCUCUCCCAUGGUGGAUAUGAUUUUUACAUUAAUUUUUAUGUUUUGUUGUAAUGUGUUAUUGAGAUUUUUGUACAUAGAUAUUGAUGGAAUCAUCAUGAUAUUUUGAUUGGGAAUGGUGAUCAUGAUUAUUCAAAAUAAAAUAAGGUUUAAUUUCAUUUUA